CGUGUCUUUCAUAAAAAGCUGGAUUUUCAUCAUGAAAUCGUAAAAUCAUGUAAUUCUUUCACUUUCACUAUCUGCACACAAUGUGUAACUCUCUCCUCUGCCUGGUAACAGCUGACGUGCUGGAUAUUAAUUCUCCCAUUGGACAGUUACUCAUGCUGCAGCCAAUCAGCACAGAACUCAGUCGUCCUUUUAUCUAUUUAUAUUUUCUUCUCCGGAGUCAUAACAUGAGGACCCUCGUACUCCUGCUGUUCAUUGUUGGGGUGCCAAGAGUUUAUUCUGGUCACUCUCUUCAUUAUUUCUAUACGGGGCUCUCCGCACCAGGCCACGGGCUACCGGAAUUCUCUGCUGAUGCAUACCUUAAUGGAGUAAUGAUAUUAAAAUACAAUAAUAAAAAGGGCCUAGAAGUUCCUGUUCCAGAGUGGAUAAAAAAAGAAGACAGUGGAUAUUGGGACAGAGACAGAAAGAUCAGCAGAGACACAGAGGCUGCCUUCAAACAUCAUCUGAAAUCAAUAAUGAGCCGUUAUAAUCAUACCCAAGGUUUACAUUAUCUUCAACAUGCAUACGGCUGUGAGCGGAGGGAUGACAAUAGCACCAGGGGCUACUCUGAGUAUGCUUAUGAUGGGAAGGAUUUCCUCGAACUGGAUAUUAAGCGAGCCGUUUAUGUACCAGUUGUUCUUGAGGCUCAGUUGAGUGCUAAGACAUAUAACAGCCCAGAAGUGCGUGCAGGCGAACGAAACAAAGCUUACCUGGAGAUGGAGUGCAUCAAAUGGCUGGAUAAACAUGUUCACUAUGGGAAAGAGGAGUUUGAGAGGAGAGUUCCUCCAUGCGUGACGAUUUCAGAUGACCGAUCAGAUCAAAUGACAAAGCUUCACUGCCUCGUGUUUGGAUUUUACCCCCGGGAUAUUGAUGUAAAUUGGAAGAAAAAUGGGAUAGAGGCACAGUUGGACGAGGCCAAAGAAGUCCUCCCAAAUACGGAUGGCACUUAUCAGAUCAGAGUCACAGUGGAGGUACCAGCAGAGGAGAUAGAGAGUUACUCCUGCCACGUCGAUCACAUCAGUCAGCAGGAGACACUCAUUAAAAAGUGGAAACCAAAGCCAGACAGUAAAGCUGUGUAUAGAGCUAUUGGCAUUAUUGCUGCAGUGAUUUUCUCCAUCACUGUCCUUGGGACGUUUAUUUGGAAGAUGCGAUCAGCUCAACAAACCAGGGACAGCAGUCGUCUGACAUCCGUUAAUCAGACCCGGAUAGGCAGAUUAUGCCAAUUACCUCACUAUGUUACCUUCCUUAUAAGUGUAUGGAUUAUAUAAUCCUAAUUAUAGUGUACAAAUCAAGUCACCCAAUCAGUAGUUAAUUACAAUUGUAGUAUUUACAAUUAUUACAUUGCUGCAAUCAGACUUUCAGUGAUUUGUUAGUUUAAAUCACUGUCAUUUUUCUUCUUAUGUAAACCUUUUGUCUAUGACUGUUCCCUGCCCCAUAUGUCACAGAUAAAAGGGGGCAUUGGAAGAUGCUGACUGUCAAAAGUAUCAGGGAGAUAAUUCCUCCUCAUCUACUUGAAUUCGUAUAGCUUGUGUCAGAGACCUUUAAAAUGUAAUAUUUAUUUUGUAGUGUGCAAUACUACCACAAGAUGGACCAAGGUACCAUAAAAGCAACGCUACUUGCUUUGUUUCUGAUUUCUAUGCAGCUUGCUUUAAUGCAUGGUAGAAUUGGAUAGAUAUAUGUAUAUAGUAUAGUGGAUAGCAUGGAUUUAUUAAGACACUAAAACUGUCACUCUCCAUUAAAGUCCAUUACCUCUUGUGUCACUUAACCCCACUCCCUCUAAAAUGUAAGUUAUUUUGAGCAUGGCCCUCAACACCCUCUGUACCCUUGCAUCCAGCUAGUCUUGUUGCAAAUACAUGCCUGUUAGUCCACCUAUUGUACAGCGCUACGUAAUUUGUUGGAGCUUUAUAAACAAUAAUAAUAAUGGCCCUGUACUAAAUGGUACAGGCUUUUGCAUAGAACCAUUCAGACUGUAAAAUAUGACCACUUUACAUAGUAUUUGGUCUCGAUUUAGCAUUUCUGGCUCAAAAUGAUGCAGAACCAUGUCUGUAUUUCAGUCAGACUGAGCUGGAAAGAUGAAAUCCAGAACUCAAUGCUUAAAGGGACACUCCACUGCUCAAAUAAAAAAAAAAAAAAAAAAAUACCCUCACUGUUUAGUAAAUACACCCCAAAUGAAACUAUGCAUUAAUUUAAUUAUGCCUUAUUUUCAUUGGAGUUCUAUCUUAAAUCAGUUUGAAAAACCUGCAGUUCUUUUGUUUGAAGCCUUUGCAAGCCCUCCCCUUCUAAUCCCGCCCAGACUUUCUGUGGUUGUCCAAUCACAGACGUCCCAAUGCAGAUCAAUGAGAGUUUUUUUGCAAGGCAGGUGCUCUGGGUAAUGGCUGCCUCACGAGUUUAGUUCCACUGACCUAAACAAAACCAGGAAGUAACAGGACAUGUCUGAUUGACAGCUAGGGGAGUGUAACCAGGUUAAUUCAUUAGCAAAAAAACCUUGACAGCAUGAAAAUGUAAUUAUCUAACAGCUGGCUAGUGCUAUCUUGCUAGCCACCACAUGAAAAAAUAAAUAAAUAAAAAUAAUCCCAUGGGGGUCAAUAUGAUCCCAUCUAACUUUUGUGAAGUUUAAUUCCUGCACAGGGCAUAUCUACUACACAGUGAGCAGGUAACUAGUUUUAUGCUGGUCUGUAAAGCGAGUGAUAACGGGAUUAGUGAAAAAGGGACAGGAGACAUUUAAAGAGGUAUUCUCUAUAGUGAGAUUUUCAAAUGAAGGGCCAGAGCAGGCCAGAGGAUUUCUAUAGUUCGUCUAGUUACACGUUAAUUUGAAAUUAACUUUAAAUCCCAAAGUAUUGUAUUUAUAUUUACUUUGUAUUUUAUGCAGUUUUGUGAACAUUUUAUUGUAUUUUUCUAUUUCUUCUGCAGUCAGCUAGCGACUUUCAAAUGAUAAAGAAAUGUCCCAGCAAGUCCUUUUAUUAAUGUGUCUUUAGUGUAAAAAUCAGCCAUGUUUUAACCUCAACUGUGAUCUUUGUGAUCUCUGUCGAGCUGACCAUGCCACACAGUAAGUGCAUUAAAUCUGUGCUGUAUAUCAGCUUGACAAAGCUCACAGUUAUGGCCACACGUGGCUGAUUUUUACAUUGAACACACUUUAAUAAAAAGGACUCUGUGCUGUAAAGUUAUUAGCGGACGAAAAAAUGCAUGUUAAAAUGUUUACAAAAUGACAUAACAUAAAACUGAAAUAUAAAUAGAAAUUGUGUAUGUGUUAUUGCAUAAUAAGCACUAAACUUACCCUGAAGCAUUUCCCCUCAUCUCGUUAACACUUGCUUUACAGAGCAGCAAGAAACUCGUUACCUGCUCACGGUGUAGUAGAAAUGCCAUCACUGUAGCAUGCGUAGCAAACUGGUGGAACAUUUCUUUAUUGUUUG